UUGCUCAUCCUCCCGCUCGUCGACGCGACCGACUGCCCCGUCUGAGGCGUACUGCUCGCUGCUACUGGAUAUAUCGCGGACUGUUGCCGCAGAUACUACAUAAAUCAAUAACUGCAUUGACUACGGGCCACAAUCCCCCGUGGCUGUUCACGAACAUUUCCAUUUUGGGCGCGUUGUUUGUUGCCGGAAAUCGAUAUGCCUCGCCGCUCAAAAGCAUCGAUGCUGCGGCGCCCUCCCCCGCGACCCCUCUCUGCUUACCCCGACAGUAGUCGAACUGCCUGCUAUACCGUCGAUCAGGCGGACAUGGCGGACAAGGCCACGCCUCAUAAAGGCCCCGUACAGCCAGAUGCUACCGACGGAGCCAACAAACGGCAAAAGAGCGAGAGGGACGCGAGAAACUGGAAGACUGAGAUCUUCGAGCGGAUCGUCGAGCCCACAUCACGCAUCCAUGAAUUCUUGACGGAAUUCGUCCCUUCGGAGGAACCGAUUCCUGCUUGUCCGGACGAGACGUUCAAUGCGGAGGUUCCGAAUGGGAAAGGAGAGGAGCCUAACAUGUAUGGACCACUGGUGGACGGGCUCACCAGUCUGUUCAGGCAGUUUCCUGAAAACAGAAGGCCCGAGUUCUCCGAUAAUGCACACAAGACUGUGCGCUUCCCGUAUGCGUUGUGCGACGACGCGCACCAUGCCACAAAGCCGGACGUCAUCGCUACCAUCCCUGCACUCCCGGAGGUCCCUCCUCACGAUCGCUGGCGGAACAUCGCCCUCGUCUUCGAAGCGAAGUCCACUGCUCAGCAAGAUCCUAUGAUGCGAUACACCGACGAGCACGAAGAGACGCUGGUGCAGCUAGCGAAGAGCGCCCGUAACAUCAUGCUGGCGCAAGGGAGACUGUAUGCCUUCGUCGUCGGAGUCUACGGGCAUGGAGCGCGCAUAUUCCGCUUCGAUCGAGCAGGCGCUGUAUGCUCCCCGCUCUUCGACUACGUCAAGGAGCCUCACAUCCUGCACGAAUUCAUUUGGCGGUUUGUCAACCCCUGGACGAAGGGUUGCGCGGUGGUCGGUGACGAUCCGACAACUAGCCUUGGUGAUCACGUAGAUCGUGCUCACGCACAGGAGUGGGUGAAGAUCCACGACCCCACACAUACGUACACCCCCGAGGACCGCAAGGCGGUCCGUAAAUUCGUUAUCACCAAGGACGGCAAGAACAAGGCGGCGUACCUUGCGUACAAGCUCAUCUUCGUGAAUCCGCGCCUCUUCUCGCGCGCGACGACGAUCUGGGAGGCCUUCGAACUCGACCAGGACGGCAUGGCGACUGGCAGACGUGUCGUGAUUAAGGACGCCUGGCGACAGUUCGUGCGACCAUCUGAAAUCGACUUCUACCUCGGAAUGCAGGAGGCGAUGGAUAAGGCGGAGGAGGGUGUGGCGUUGACCCUGUCUGGCAUCGCCGAGUUCGAGUGCGGCGACGAUCUGGGCUUCCGCGAGGCAUGGGAGCUCGAUGCGGAAGCGGAAGAGACGUCGAACAGCGACAAUGAGAAGGCCUCCUCGGAGUCGACGACUAGAGUGGAGACUGAGUUUCCCUCGAGGCUGAGAGUGCCAUGCUCGCGUGUCCUAGGACACCGAACCGUUACCGCUGGUUGCCGGAAAGCGGGUGAUCAGAAGAAUGAACGGGCCCAGCAGCGGCUGGUACUGAAGACGAUCGGGACGCCGAUCACCGACUUCAUGUCAACCUACGAGAUGGUUUCUGCAGUCCGAGACGCCAUCGAAGGGCAUCGACAGGCGUAUCUGGCUGGAGUCAUUCACCGAGACAUCAGUCAAGGCAACGUCAUGAUUGUUAGGAACGCCGACGGGACCACUCGCGGCUUCAUUCACGACCUUGACUACGCAUCUAGUUGGAAGCAUUUCUUGAGCAGUCGCAGCAAGGACAAGCCUGCUACCCUGUCAGAAUGGGAGAAGUACGCUCGAGAGGAGUAUGGGCGCGAUUGGCGGAACAAGGUGCCAGUAUGGGAUGACAGCGAUGAAGACUCCGGUGAUGAGUUGCCCACGGUUGCAGACACCGUUGACGCAGAAAGCGAGCAACAUUCGUCAAACAAAUCGGAGGGCGUACAUAGUGAGGGCACACCGGCACGCGCGCCUUCUCCCUCAAAGGACUCGAAGCUGGGACAGAAACAACGCACGGGAACGUUACAUUUCAUGGCCAUCGAAAUACUCAAUCAAGCAUUCGGCGUUACGCACGAGGCUCGGCAUGACCUGGAAUCUUUCUAUUGGUUGCUGGUCUGGAUCAUUCUUCGACAUACUACGUUUCAGCACGAGGAUGGUGAUCGAGCAUGGCAUGGGCUUUUCGAUGCGGAGACGGUGCGAGCUUGUCGGGCACUCAAGAGUGACUGGGUGACCCAGUCGUACGAACCACUGCGAAUGCAGCAUAAUCCUCCGCUCGAGAAGCUCUUGCGCAGGUUUCGGGCGCUUUGCAAGACGAACUUCGACGACGUGGGUCUGGCGACAACGUGCAUGACGCACGAUCAAGUCUUGGCCAUCUUCGAUCGUGCUCUGAGGAAUCGCAAAGCAUGGCCCAAGGAUGACCGCGCGAAGCCAUGGACACCACCCAAACGCAGCGUGCUGGACGACCCUACCAUGUCGCGGCGGUCAGGUCAGGCUCGCACGAAGGGUACCAUGACCUAUAGCUCGCAAGACGAACGUCUCGUAUCUUGGCACUACCAGUCCAACAAUCGCCCCGAAACUCCGCCCCCGCCCUCUGUCGCAGAAUCUCGGUCGGAUGGAAAGCCAGUGGACUCUGAAUCAUCGUCCGACGACGAUAAGCCGAUCACCCGCAAAUAUAAGCUGGGCACAGCUUCGGGUGCUGUUUCGGGCAAGCAGACUCGUACACGGACUGCUGCACCACCUGCCUCCUCCGAAUCGCCGCGCAUACCAGGCGGUUAUGAAGCCACGGCGUUGACAGACGGCGACUCGCCGCAGCGGCAUACGUCCAGUUAUUCUUCACACGCGUCCGAGAACAGGGGCACCGAGGACGUUCGACAGUCGGCGAGGAGCACUUCUCGCAAGAUGGGCCCUCCACCCGGUCCCAGCACUCGCUCCGUUCAAUCGCAAAGCCAGACCGCAAGCCGGCGUGGAGAUGCGUCAAAGAGAGGUAGUAGCGCAACGAAGCGGAGCCGUGAACGCGUAGAAGAUGACGAGGUUCAGCGCGGUGCCGACGCAUCUCGUUCGUCGAAGCGUCUACGGACGCUCAGCCAGCCGCGAACGAGCCGGAGUUCACAUAAGAGCAAGGGCAGGCGAUGACACGUUUCCCGUUGUGGCGGCUGUCGACGCUCUGGUGGCAAGUGACGUCCACUGAGUCAUGUACAGACUACAGCAUGGUAUAAUUAGUAGAAUCAUCCCGACACUUGCUAGCUCUUGUCAGACUACAUCGAAUUUUCAGCUUGUUGCUAAGUAUGCGCAGCGCUAUGCAGCUAUGGUACCUCCUC